AAUCUUCGGUCACAGUCACAUGUAUUAUUACUCGUCUAAUAAAUAAGUCAUGUUUUUCUCUGUCCUCCCUUUCCUCGCUUUCAUCUUCUUGUCUCCCCGUUUCUCACUCAAUCUCCCCUCACUCCCUCCCAGUACUACUACUACUUAUUCACACCUCUCUCAUUAUUAUUAAUAUUUAUGCUCAGAUCUGAGUGGUAAUCUCCUUCUCCAGUCUCCACCUACUUCUACAACUACUACUAUUACUACCUCUCUCUCUCUGUAAGUCAGUCUCACAUUGCUGCUAAUUUAGGGUCAAGUAAACAACAAUGGCAGCAUUAGAUUCGCAGAACACGCUACUCGGAGAAACCACUUGUGGUUCUUUACUACAGCAGUUGCAGCAAAUUUGGGAUGAAGUUGGUGAGAGUGACGCUGAACGGGAUAAGAUGCUUCUUCAGUUGGAGCAAGAGUGCUUGGAUGUGUACAAGAGAAAGGUUGACCAUGCUGUCAAGUCGAGGGCACACUUGCUUCAGUCACUUGCUGAUGGUCAAGUUGAGCUUCACAGUCUUAUGUCAGCACUGGGGGAAAAAACUUAUGUUGGAAUUCCUGACAAUACUUCAGGAACAAUUAAGGAGCAACUUUCAGCUAUAGCACCAACAUUAGAACAACUAUGGAAGCAGAAGGAUGAGAGAAUAAAAGAGUUCUCAGAUGUACAAUCUCAAAUUCAAAUGAUAUGUGGUCAAAUUACAGGAACCAUUGAAAAAGUGGGAAGCCCUGUAGUUGAUGAGUCUGAUCUUUCCCUGAAGAAAUUGGAUGAAUUUCAAGCCAAGCUGCAAGAAUUGCAGAAAGAAAAGAGUGAUCGGUUGCAUAAGGUCCUUGAAUUUGUCAGCACGGUGCAUGACCUUUGUGCUGUUCUUCGGAUGGACUUCUUCAGUACCGUUACUGAAGUUCAUCCUAGUCUGGAUGAUUCUAUAGGUGUACAGUCUAAAAGCAUAAGUAAUGACACCUUAUCUCAGUUGGCCAAGACCGUCUUAGCUUUAGAAGAAGAUAAGGAACAGAGGUUGCAUAAGCUUCAAGAGUUAGCAAAACAACUUAUUGAUCUUUGGAAUCUAAUGGAUACCUCUGAAGAAGAGAGAAGCUUGUUUGACCAUGUUACCUGCAAUGUGUCAGCUUCUGUCGACGAAGUGACCAUUCCUGGCGCCCUUGCUUUGGAUCUGAUUGAGCAGGCUGAGGUGGAAGUUGAAAGGCUAGAUCAGCUAAAAGCUAGCAGAAUGAAGGAAAUUGCAUUUAAGAGACAAGCUGAGCUGGAAGAGAUCUAUGUGCAUGCCCAUGUAGAGAUUGAUUCGGAGGCUGCUCGUGAAAGAAUCAUGGCAUUGAUUGAUUCCGGGGAUGUUGAGCCUGCUGAGUUACUGGACGACAUGGAUAAUCAGAUAGUAAAAGCAAAAGAAGAGGCACUAAGCAGAAAGGACAUACUGGACAAGGUGGAGAAAUGGAUGUCAGCUUGUGAAGAAGAGAGUUGGCUCGAAGACUACAACAGGGACGACAAUAGGUAUAACGCGAGCAGAGGUGCACACUUGAAUCUUAAACGUGCUGAGAAGGCCAGAAUUCUAGUAAACAAAAUUCCUGCUUUAGUUGAAUCAUUAGUUGCCAAAACUCGUGCUUGGGAAGAAGAACGUGGAGUAUCAUUUACCUACGACGGUGUUCCUCUACUUGCCAUGCUAGACGAAUAUGCGAUGCUCAGGAAUGACCGAGAAGAAGAAAAAAGAAGGAUGAAGGAUCAGAAGAAGUUUCAUGAACAGACAAAUGCUGCCGAACAGGAAACAGCAUUCACUGCAAGGCCAAGCCCUGCUCGACCAGUUGGCACGAAGAAGGCAGUUGGUUCUCGUGCUAAUGGGGCAAAUGGAACUCCUAAUAGACGAUUAUCUCUGAAUGCUCAUCAAAAUGGUUCGCGGUCCAUUAACAAAGAUGGAAGACGGGAGAGCAUGAGGGCUGCAGCUCCCUUGAAAGAGGAUGCUGGCUCGUGCAUUUCAGGAAGUGAGCCUCUACCAAGUACACCAUGAAGAUGAGUGAGAUGAAGACAUCUAUAGGCUGCGAUGUUUCAGUUUUCAGUUACUAUUACUAGUUUAAUUGCUGUUAGUAGGGAAUGCAUAAUUUGAGUAGCUAGCAAGUGUGAGUCUUGUGAGUAGAGACUAGAGAGCCUAGAGGCUGAGGUAGCUGUGUAAUAUUGUGUACUGAAGUUUGGAGCUUAUUAAGUUUCACCAGUUAUAUUGUU